AUUCACCCAAGAAAAAGGAGAGAGAAAGUCACACCCCCUUAACGUUUCAGUCAUUGCCUUUCACUUGGCUGAUGUCCCAGGGACCCAGCCGUGUUGUACUUGUGUAUCAUCGGACUUACAAAGGGACACCAAUCUUCGUAUCUCUUGACAAGCAUUGACUUACAGAGCAAGGAGUGGAAAAAAUGAAGGUGGUUCCGAGAGAAGCUGAGAAACUAAGCCUAAACAAUGCUGGGUUUUUGGCGCAGAAGCGUCUUGCUCGAGGGUUGAGGCUGAAUCACCCAGAAGCUGCAGCUCUCAUAGCCACACAGAUUUUGGAGUUCGUUCGAAACGGGGAUAAAUCUGUGGCGGAAUUGAUGGACAUUGGGAGACAGCUGCUGGGAAGGAAACAAGUUCUUCCUGGUGUUCACUAUCUUUUGGAUAUGGUGCAGGUUGAAGGGACUUUUCGUGAUGGGACCAAGUUAAUCACCAUUCACGAUCCAAUUUCGAGGGAGAACGGAAAUCUGGAACUAGCUUUGAAGGAUUCUUUUCUUCCUGUUCCCUCACUAGACAAGUUUCCUGAAAUGGAAGAUGGUAAAAUUCCGGGUGAAAUUAUCUAUGGAGGUGGUAGUAUUGUGCUUAAUCAUGGAAGGAAAGCAAUACUCCUCAGAGUUGUUAACCAAGGAGACAGGCCGGUUCAGGUUGGCAGUCACUAUCACUUCAUUGAGGUCAACCCCAGCCUGGUUUUUGAUCGAAUGAAAUCAUAUGGCAUGCGCUUGAAUAUACCAGCUGGAACAGCCAAGAGAUUUGAGCCGGGGGAAUGCAAACAUGUCGCACUUGUAAGUAUUGGAGGUAAUAGAGUAAUCAGAGGAGGAAAUUGCAUUGGGGAUGGUUCAGUAGAUGAUGGCAAACUACAGGAAGUCAUGGAAGCCAUACAAGCAAAAGAAUUUGGACAUGAGGAAGAACCAAGAGCUAGGGAAGGUGUUGCAGGAAGCGAUCGAGAUUUCACCACUGUAAUUUCUCAUGAGGCAUAUGCAAACUUGUAUGGACCUACUACUGGUGAUAAAGUUCGGCUUGGUGAUACCAACUUGUUUGCUGAAAUUGAAGAGGAUUUUACUGUUUAUGGGGAUGAAUCGGUAUUUGGAGGUGGUAAAGUUAUAAGAGAAGGAAUGGGCCAGUCAUCUGGGAACCACCCAACUAAUUCAUUGGAUACGGUUAUAACUAAUGCUGUGGUCAUUGAUUAUAGCGGGAUAUAUAAGGCAGAUAUUGGUAUCAAAGAUGGUAACAUUUUUGCCCUUGGAAAGUCAGGCAAUCCAGAUGUUAUGAAUGGUGUAAAUAUGACCAUUGGGGUUAACACAGAGGUCAUUGCUGGGGAAGGAAUGAUUGUGACUGCAGGAGCAAUAGACUGUCACGUGCACUUCAUAUGCCCUCAAUUAGCAUAUGAAGCAAUAUCGAGUGGUAUCACAACCUUAGUGGGAGGUGGAACAGGACCUGCUACUGGGACUCGUGCAACAACUUGUACACCAGCCCCAUUACACAUGAAGUUAAUGCUGCAAGCAACUGACGACCUGCCUCUAAAUUUUGGAUUUACUGGGAAGGGGAACACUGCCAAACCUGAAGGGAUGCAUGAUAUUCUAAAGGCUGGGGCAAUGGGACUGAAGCUGCAUGAGGACUGGGGAAGCACUCCUGCUGCAAUUGACAAUUGUUUGGCUGUUGGAGAUCAAUAUGACAUCCAGGUUAACAUCCAUACAGACACCUUGAAUGAAUCUGGAUUUGUAGAGCAUACAAUUGCUGCAUUUAAAGGAAGAACUAUCCAUACUUACCACAGUGAAGGUGCAGGUGGGGGCCAUUCUCCAGAUAUAAUCAAAGUCUGCGGUGUGAAAAAUGUCCUGCCAUCAUCAACGAAUCCCACGCGGCCUUUCACCUCAAAUACUAUAGAUGAGCAUCUUGAUAUGCUGAUGGUUUGCCAUCACCUUGACAAGGACAUUCCAGAAUGUGUAGCUUUUGCUGAAUCAAGAAUAAGGGCUGAAACAAUUGCUGCAGAAGAUAUUUUGCACGAUAUGGGGGCAAUUAGCAUUGUAGCUUCUGAUUCACAGGCUAUGGGUCGCAUCGGAGAGGUGAUAAUCAGAACUUGGCAAACAGCUGACAAGAUGAAAUCACAAAGAGGGUCGAUAGAACCUAGUGGAUCCGACAAUGACAACUUCCGGAUCAAACGAUACAUCGCAAAGUACACUAUAAAUCCAGCAAUAGUUAAUGGAUUUUCUCAGUAUGUUGGUUCUAUUGAGGUGGGGAAGCUGGCUGAUCUUGUUCUAUGGAAGCCAUCAUUCUUUGGCGCAAAACCAGAAAUGGUGAUCAAAGGUGGGGCAAUUGCAUGGGCUAAUAUGGGUGAUCCAAAUGCAAGCAUCCCCACCCCUGAACCGGUUAUUUCAAGGCCUAUGUUUGGUGCAUUUGGCAAGGCUGGUAGUGCUCAUUCCAUUGCUUUUGUCAGCCAGGCAGCUGUAGAUAACCGCGUUAAAGACUUGUAUCGCCUUGACAAGAGAGUGGAAGCCGUGCGCAACGUUAGGAAACUCUGCAAACUCGACAUGAAGCUCAAUGACGCCCUACCAAAUAUAGAGGUUGAUCCGGAAAAAUACAAGGUAACAGCAGACGGCGUGGUUCUUACCUGCAGUCCAGCCACCACAGUUCCACUAUCUCGGAACUACUUCAUGUUUUAGGCUCCUUCAUAGCUCCAACGAACCACCUCCCGCUUGUUUUAUGAUUCCAAGUCUUAACGAGCUCAAAUAAACACCGGAAGUAUGUACAAAUAAAACCAGUUAUAAACUUUUAAUAAAAAAUACAGCGGGAGAGAGCUAACCCGUGUUUUAUUAUACA